UUUUGACAAUGACACAGUUUAAGUACAAAAGUUUUUUAUAUUUGUGUGUUUACAGUUUUUUCGUGUUCUUACCUGGACUGAAAUUUAGAACGUUUUCAUCGAUAUGAUGGGAGAUACUUUGGAAGCUCGGAUAGAAAAUAUCUCCAGUUGUCAGAGGAAGUUGGAUUUGAUAACAUCAGAACUGCAGAGGAAAAAGCAACACGAGGAAAAACCGGAGAAAUGCACCCCAAUAAUCUACAGAAACAUGCCGACACGUUGGAACUACCCAGAGCCCGCGUUGCAGGAUGAACUGAGGAAAAUUGCGAACGCCAUCGUAGCCCCCGGAAAAGGCAUCUUGGCUGCCGACGAAUCGGUCAGCACCUGCGGUAAGAGAUUGACUGACAUCGGCGUGGAGAACACAGAAGACAACAGACGGAAAUACAGACAGCUACUGUUCACCACCGAUAAGCAACUGGGCGACUACAUCAGCGGCGUCAUCCUUUACCACGAGACCGUCUACCAGAAAGCCGAUGACGGCACUCCCUUCAUCGAGCUGCUGAAGCAGAGAGGCAUCAUACCCGGCAUCAAGGUGGACACCGGUGUGGUCAACUUGAUGGGAUCUUUGGACGAGUCCACCACACAAGGUCUGGACGAUCUGGGUAAAAGAUGCGCCCAAUACAAGAAGGACGGCUGUCACUUCGCAAAGUGGCGUUGCGUUUUGAAAAUUGGAGAUCACACUCCCUCCUACCAAGCCAUCCUGGAGAAUGCAAAUGUGCUGGCUCGCUACGCCUCUAUCUGCCAAUCCAACAGGAUCGUUCCUAUCGUAGAACCUGAAAUUCUUCCAGAUGGUGAUCACGACAUUGAACGUUGUCAAAAAGUUACCGAGACCGUUUUGGCGUUCGUCUACAAGGCACUAGCGGACCACAACAUCUUCCUGGAGGGAACCCUACUGAAACCCAAUAUGGUAACUGGUGGAGCUCAAUGUUCGACUAAGUACAGCAAGGAGGAAAUUGGAAAAUGCACGGUUGUGGCUCUAUCGAGGACAGUACCACCUGCUGUGCCUGGAGUCACUUUCCUGUCAGGAGGACAGUCUGAGGAAGAAGCUACUUGCAAUCUGGACGCUAUGAAUCGAUAUCCUGGCAAAAAACCAUGGGCCCUGACGUUCAGUUAUGGUCGAGCAUUGCAAGCUUCCGUUUUGAAGGCAUGGGGUGGAAAAGACGAGAAUAUAGCUGCAGGCCAACAGGAACUUUUGAUAAGAGCAAAGGCUAACAGUGAAGCGUCUAUGGGCAAAUACGAGGCAGGUAGCGCCCAAGGAAAGGCAGGAGAACAGGGAUUGUUCAUCAAGGACCACGCAUACUAAACUUACUUGCCGAAAAAAAUUACGGAUAGUGAUCAAACUUAUUUAAUUUCAACAUUCGCGAAGUGAUAUAUACAGUGAAGAACCAUGAUGUAUACAUAUUUUUUAUACAUGUUAUGCAAUAUACCGAAAAAUUACACAAUAUAUUCAAAAAAUCUU